GAAGAAUUCAGCAUGGCACGUACCAAGCAAACCGCACGUAAAUCUACUGGUGGCAAAGCACCACGUAAACAGUUGGCAACCAAAGCCGCCCGUAAGAGCGCACCAGCCACCGGAGGAGUAAAGAAACCUCAUCGUUACAGGCCAGGUACCGUAGCUCUUCGUGAGAUCCGUCGUUACCAGAAGAGCACCGAACUUCUGAUCCGUAAACUACCAUUCCAGCGUUUGGUCCGUGAAAUCGCUCAGGAUUUCAAAACCGACCUUCGUUUCCAGAGCUCUGCCGUUAUGGCACUGCAGGAAGCCAGCGAAGCCUACCUCGUCGGUCUUUUCGAGGACACCAACUUGUGCGCUAUCCACGCCAAGCGUGUCACCAUCAUGCCCAAGGACAUCCAACUCGCCCGUCGUAUCCGUGGGGAGCCUGGUGUACUUGGUGACGGCUUUGGUGCCUUCACUGACGGCGUGCUUGGCGAGCUCACCGGGCAACAAGAGACGGACGGCGGUCUGUAUCUCUCUGCUUGUGAUGGUUCUACGCUUGUUGUAGAAGAAGAAUUCAGCAUGGCACGUACCAAGCAAACCGCACGUAAAUCUACUGGUGGUAAAGCACCACGUAAACAGUUGGCAACCAAAGCCGCCCGUAAGAGCGCACCAGCCACCGGAGGAGUGAAGAAACCUCAUCGUUACAGGCCAGGUACCGUAGCUCUUCGUGAGAUCCGUCGUUACCAGAAGAGCACCGAACUUCUGAUCCGUAAACUCCCAUUCCAGCGUUUGGUCCGUGAAAUCGCUCAGGAUUUCAAAACUGAUCUUCGUUUCCAGAGCUCUGCCAGCUCUGCCGUUAUGGCACUGCAGGAAGCCAGCGAAGCCUACCUCGUCGGUCUCUUCGAAGACACCAACUUGUGCGCUAUCCACGCCAAGCGUGUCACCAUCAUGCCCAAGGACAUCCAACUCGCCCGUCGUAUCCGUGGGGAGCGUGCUUAA